AUGGCAACCUCCGCCGCCCUCUCCGGCACCCUGGUCACAACCUCCUUCCUCCGGGGAAAGCCGGCGACUUCCCUCCGCCCGCUCUCCAAUUUUAACCAGGCUGUUUUUGGCCUCAAGACCACCGGUAGUCGACGUGGCCGGAUAACUUGUAUGGCUACACAUAAAGUGAAGUUGGUCACUCCGGAAGGUACGGUGGAGUUCGAGUGCCCGGACGACGUUUAUAUUCUCGACCAUGCAGAGGAGAAGGGGAUUGAUCUUCCUUACUCAUGCAGGGCUGGUUCUUGCUCUUCUUGUGCCGGAAAAGUGGUGGAGGGAGAAGUUGAUCAGUCCGAUGGGAGUUUUCUUGAGGAUGAGCAGAUGGAUGAAGGGUGGGUUCUCACUUGUGUUGCUUAUCCCAAGUCUAAUGUUACUAUUGAGACCCACAAGGAGGAGGAGCUCACUGCUUAA